CAGCUCCAGCCCCAGCCCCAGCUCCGGCUCCUGCCCCUGCGCCUCCUGCAAAACCCGGAGCGCCCCCGAGACCGCCCUCCAAAGUCCAAUUAUUGCGAGAGUACGAUGAGGAUUAUCCUGCAAGUUUGAACGUUGAUGAAACGCCUCUUUUGGACGUUCAUGAUGCUUUGAAUGGUGAUUUGGCCAAAGAAAAUAGUGAACUUCAGAGACAUAUUUUGGAAUAUUAUAAAAGAAAAUUUGCAGCAGAUGCGGCUGUUGCACGACAGAAUGUCCCACAAGUUGGCCCUCAAAAAAUUAGAUAUGAAGUUGUUGGUCCUGAAAAGAAAUAUCUGACUUUAGAAAGAUUGAAUAAAAUUAUUCAAAGAGGAAGAGAUAAUUAUUACAAAAAGGAGAACCUGAGAAAAUAUGGAGAAGAAAAUGAAGAAAGUCCUGAUAGGUCUUCUCAAGAUGAAAAUUUACGAAGAGAUAAUGAUUAUUACGAGAAGGAAAACUUGAAAAACUACGAAAGAGAAAAUGAAGAAAGUACUGAUAGAUCUUUCCAAGCAGAAAAUUUGAAAAGUGCUUCACCAAAAGAUGAUGUUGAAGAAAUAAGCAAAACCAAAAAUGAUGGCGCUAAAAAGGAGGAAGAAGAGGAAGAAAUUGUUGAAAAAAAUAAAGAUGUGCCACCUACUGAACUCAUAAAAAGUUUUAAAUUUGAUCCUGAAAAAAAGUUUCAGGAAUUUAAAUAUCUUCCCCCCGAAGACACAAAAAAAGUAAAUACUGAAGGAGUUGAUAAGACCAUCGAUGAUGAAAUAUCUUUGAAUUUCCAGAGAAAUCAUAAAAAAUACGAAGAUAUAAAAGACGACUUCUUGAAAAAACAUGAAGAUAAAGAGGAGAUAAGUGAAAAAUUGAGAAAUCAACCAACUCCCGCGCCAUUUGAAAUUGUCGAUGUUGAGGAAAAAGAAAAUUUUGAUUACGAAAUGUUGCCACAUUUGAGAGAGGUAAGUAAAAAUGAAAAUGUGGAAGAAGAGAAAAAUUCGAAAAAAAAGGAACCUAACAUCGAACAACACGACAAACAAUUCGAAAACAUCCAACAAGAAUUUUUAGAUCGAGAGAAGCAAUACUCGGAAUACUUGCCUGAAGAAAAACGUCGAGAUUCCAGUGAAAAAGAAGUAAUUGCAUUCCACGAUGUUGAUGGAAAUGUUUAUCACGAUUCACGUAAUGAAAAUGCGGAAGAAGGGGAAGAAUAUGAAGGCCAAAAUGAAGAUUAUGACGAGGGCAAAAAAGAAGUAGAACAGAAAGUCGUCAACGAUCAUUACGCUAAUUACAACCAAGACGAUGGAAAUCAAUUCAGAAUUUACUUCGAUUACGAAAACGAAGAAGAAAAACUACCUUUUUACACCGGUGACAUCGAGGGUUACGUAAAACACGAAUUUGGGAAAGACCGAAAUAACCUGAAACAAAAAACUGAACAAAAUCUCGAAAAUUAUUACCGCAGUCUUGAAGAAGGUGACGCAAACGAAGGUGAAGAGAGUGAAAAAGUGCAACAAGGUCAAGAUUGUGAAACUGAAGAAGAGGAAGAAGCAGAACCGGAAAAUGAAGAAUCGAAACAAGAGGAGAAAGAAUCAUUGAAGAAAGUUAAAGGGUUUGUUGUAACACCAUUUUCCGAACAAACACAAGCGCAAGCAGCCCCGAUUUUGUACGAAGGAAUCGAUCACGCCACUGCCUUUCUGUCAAUUCCCAAUUAUUUCGGCGAGCAUCAACAUGCAGGCGCGGGAUUUGACAAUAAUUUCCAGAAGAAUUUCCCCGUAAAACAACUACAUCAAGCCGCUACGCAAAAUUCCGAAGUCGUUCAGCCGCUCUACUCUGGUAUUAUUAACGUUGGGGCGUUGCAAGAACUGCACAAAUCUAACAAACCGUUGACAAUUCCGUUCGAUUUUGAUUACAGCGCGUCUGAAAUUAAGGUGAAGAAGACGAAAGUUGCCUUUGAUAAUAAACCAGCCGCGACGGAAUAUACAGGGUAUGAAAGUUAUUAUGUGCCUGAGAAAUAUACAGAAGAUUUUUCUUAUACUGUUCCAGAACCGCCACCGGUUGAUUAUGCGAAAUUAGAAGCUAAAGAUUUUAAGGAUGAUGAUACGCUUUCAAAAAAUGCUAAAAUUCUAAAUUUGGAGUCUGGAAGAAAAGAAGCUUUUUUGACUAUUAACGGAAAUAAGUAUCAUCUUUAGGAAUCGGUAGAAAAGUAUAGAUUAAUUUAUUAUUAUCCGUGAACCAAAUAGUAUUAAUGUUGAAAAAUAUUUUUUAUUGCUCUUUAUUUUGUAUAUUGUUGCACUGUUUGAUGUAAAUGUAAAUAUUUAUGAAGAUUUUACUUAUUUAAUAACACUCAAUAUUGUGCUUUUUAAGUUUAUAUUAUUGCUUGUUAACUAUUUGUAUAAUGUUGGUAUUAAUAAAGUUAAAAAUUA